CUGCUGACAAGCCACCAUGCAGCGACCGCGUGGUCGAGGAACGCGCGGGCCGCUUAGGGUAGGUUGACUGACCGCAUCAAGCGAGACCUCCCUCGCGUGCCACUUGCUGAAGAGUCUCUUGUCAAGCCUGCAAGUUCAAGAGCUCGGCAAGGCGCGGAGUAGGAGAUUCAACAAAAGCUUCGCAAGCGCGAGCCAAAGGGAAGACUGUACUGCACGUCUCGUCUCAACGCAAGGAAAGAUGCAGACAACCAUUGCAAGCCGGGGUAAUGUGAGCUUCGCGAAUCAUCCGGCGUUCGGCGAACGGCCUUUACCGAUAGGCCGAGCGGGAGUGUGAGUGAGUGCGCCACGUCGUUUGGAAGGCCGCCGUUUACAUCAAAGAUCCCGCCCUUAAUUGUCAUCCCGACGGAGGAAUGGAUCUGGUAUCAAGAGGUCAUCCAUCGGGCGGGCGCGUCGACGGCGAAUGUGCCGGGCGGACGUCGGGUCAAUCCAAUGGUAUCACAGCUAGCGGUGUAUGUAGUCUGCGGAGAAGGCAAGAUUGCUCCGCUCAGGCAGGCAGACACGAGUACCGCGUGGCGAGUUUUCGCGUUCCCUGCUGGUCUUGGUCUGCAUAUACGCUGUGGGGCCCCUGCACCGAGAGUUGCGAGUGGGAGGUGGACCGCUUGCAUCCAUCCAUCCUUUUGCCCUUGCUUCUAUCGCGCCACCGUUCCUGGUCGGAGAAGGGCAAACUUCGGCCAAGCCUUGUUGGAUGCGCGAGUACCCCCACCAGCACACUUCGCUCUUCAAAUCUCUAUGUGGACCUCAUGGCUGUCCUGCGUCCUGUCCAAGAUGGGCAUCAGGCACCCUUACCGUUUUCCCUCGCUCCUCACAAGUGAGCCACUCGACCGGCAGCGCCCCUCCCCGUGAGGCUGUA